AUGCCUUUGAAUAACAUUCUUGAGGUGGAGUUGUUUGAUGUUUGGGGUGUCGAUUUUAUAGGACCGUUUCCUUCUUCUUACGGGAACAAGUACAUCUUGGUCGCCGUAGACUCUCCAAGUGGGUGGAAGCCAUUGCCACCCCCACUAAUGAUACAAGACGAUGGAGGGUUACAUUUUAUAGAAGAGAAGUUCGAGUCUAUGUUGAAAAAGUAUGGUGUGCAUCAUCGUGUAGGUUUGUCAUAUCACCCCCAAACUAGUGGGCAAGUAGAGAUCUCUAACCGUGAAAUCAAGUCCAUCCCAGAGAAAACGGUUGCAAGAUCAAGGAAAGAUUGGGCUAACAAGUUGGAUGAUGCUUUAUGGGCGUACCGGACUGCUUUCAAGACUCCCAUUGGUACCACCCCCUAUAGAUUGGUGUACGGAAAAGCUUGCCAUCUCCCCGUUGAACUUGAGCAUCGCGCUUAUUGGGCUAUCAAGGCCCUCAACUUUGGUUUGCAUGCUUCGGGAGAGAAUAGAAUGUUACAACUUGCAGAGUUAGAUGAGCUUUGCCUUGAUGCGUACGAAAGUUCUAAGUUAUACAAGGAGAGAACCAAGAGGUGGCAUGACAAGCACAUCCAAAGGCGUGAAUUCAAGGAAGGAGAAUUAGUCCUAUUGUUCAACUCCCGUCUCAAGCUAUUUCUGGGAAAACUCAAAUCCAGGUGGUCUGGAUCAUUCCACGUCACCAAGGUCUUCCCCUAUGGUUCUGUAGAAGUUUGGAGCGAGGGGAGCGGUACAUUCAAGGUGAAUGGGCAAAGGUUGAAACAUUACCGAGCUGGAAUACCCGUUCAAGGGAAUCAGGUUUAUAACCUUUCCCUUUCUUCUUCCUACUGA